UUGUGUAGGUAUAAUAGUGAUGGUAAUGUCACUAUUACCUACGUGACAUACAGUUAAAUGUCAAUCAGGGAAGUAGAUACCACGGAAAUCCAUUGACGCGACCUCCGUGCAACCGAGUUUUGCAAGACAUGAUGUUGGGGAGUCUUUUUCUCACUUUGCUGGUAUGUGGCACUGCUUUCGCCUUGUUUGACACAACGCUGAAACAGCACUGGCAGAUGUGGAAGAAGACACAUGGCAAAGAUUACCAGACUGAGGUGGAGGAACUGGGCCGAAGGGAGAUCUGGGAGAGGAAUAUUCAGCUGAUCAGCCUCCACAACCUGGAAGCUUCCAUGGGCAUGCACACCUAUGACCUGGGCAUGAAUCACAUGGGGGAUUUGACCCAAGAGGAAAUUGCCCAGUCUUUUGGCUCAUUGCUUGUUCCUGCUGACCACAAGAGGGAACCCUCUGCAUUUUUGGGAUCCUCUGGUGCCCCCAUACCUGAUACCCUUGACUGGAGAGAGAAGGGCUAUGUCACUUCAGUCAAAAUGCAGGGCUCCUGUGGUUCCUGCUGGGCCUUCAGCUCUGUUGGGGCCCUGGAGGGCCAGCUGAUGAAGACUACUGGCAAGCUAAUAGAGCUCAGCCCCCAAAACCUGGUGGACUGCUCCUCCAAAUACGGCAACAAGGGAUGUGAUGGUGGCUUCAUGACAAAGGCCUUCCAAUAUGUUAUUGACAACAAUGGCAUUGAUUCUGAACAUUCGUAUCCCUACAGUGGAGUUCAACAACCAUGCAAGUACAACCCUGCAGAGCGUGCUGCUAACUGCUCCAGAUACAGCUUCUUGCCUGAGGGAGAUGAGAAUAUGUUGAAGCAAGGACUGGCCACCAUCGGACCCGUCUCUGUCGCCAUUGAUGCCACCCGACCCCGUUUCGCUUUCUACCGGAGUGGAAUUUACGAUGAUCCAACUUGUACAAAGAAACCAAACCAUGCCGUCCUUGCUGUGGGAUAUGGUACCAUGGAUGGGCAGGAUUUCUGGCUGGUAAAAAACAGUUGGGGCACAACAUGGGGAGAUCAGGGAUAUGUACGGAUGGCUCGCAAUAAGGACAACCAAUGUGGCAUCGCUUUGUGGGCGUGCUACCCAAUCAUGUAACUCUUUGAAUUGAUUUGUUUUUUAGUGUUCUUCAAGGUUUUGGCUGGGAUUUUGCCAUAGCUGUGUGUAUGUAUUGUUUUUUUUGUUAUUUUUUACAAUAUUCUUCCUUUGUCAACACACUUCUAAUUCUGAAAGGUGAAAACACACCUGUGAAGAGGUCACACUGGUAGUAGUUGUAGGUUUUUAUAUAGUAUCCAUGACUAUUCUGGUAGUAGUUGUAGGUUUUAUAUAGUACCCAUGACCAUUCUGGUAGUAGUUAGUGGUUUUUAUAUAGUACCCAUAACCAUUCUGGUAGUAGUUGCAGGUUUUAUAUAGUACCCAUGACCAUUCUGGUAGUUGUAGGUUUUAUAUAGUACCUAUGACCAUUCUGGUAGUAGUUUUAGGUUUUAUAUAGUACCCAUGACCAUUCUCGUAGUAGUUGUAGGUUUUUAUAUAGUACCCAUGACCAUUUUGGUAGUAGUUGUAGGUUUUUAUAUUGUACACGACUAUUCUGGUAGUAGUUACUACCUAAUAGUCACAAAAAUAUUUAUAUGUAUUAAUCACAUUUAAUCCCCAUAAAAAUCUCUCUAAACGUUUUAAAUAAAAAAUUUGUCAUUGAUUUCUUGGAAUUGUUUAUACAUUUACAUCUAAUAGAUGCUCUUAUCCAGAGCAACUUACAGUACAGUUUAUGUUUUCAUACUUUUUUGUAAUUGCCCAUCAUAGGAAUCAAUCAAACAAACCUAACUAGUAAAAAAACAUAGUGGAACUGGCUUCAAGGUCCAGAGUUGAGUUUAAGGGGUAUAGGCUAUUACUUUAGACUCUGGUCACAACAUAAUAAAUGUGUGUUCAGAUCAGGGAAGUAUCUUUUGCUGUCAUUGUUGGUGCUUCUAUUCUAGCACAAUGUUCUAGAGAUGUGGUGGGUGUGGUAAUGAUGGUGGAGAAAGUGUGGAACCGUCAGGGCCCUCUACAACCUUAUAGAGAUGUGGUGGGUUUGGUAAUGAUGGUGGAGAUUAUUGGUGGAGAUUUGUUUUAUGCACAUGUGCAUU